AGGGGAGUGAGAGAAAAGAGGGGGAGCACAUGUGUAUGCUUGUCACUAAGGGGCUGGGAGAAGGACUAAGGGAAGCGAGGUAGCUGGCCACAGCCGCCAUAUGCUGACUGGAUUCCUGUUCAUGUCUGCCCUGUGAAGACUGUAGGUUUCUGUUGUGUGCUGGCCGGCAGGGGAACACACCAUGGGAAGCUCACAUAUCCUCAACAAAGGCAUGCCUCUGGGCAUCAGGCCACCCAUUAUGAAUGGGCCCAUGCACCCACGCCCCCUGGUGGCGCUGCUGGACGGGCGCGACUGUACUGUGGAAAUGCCCAUCCUGAAAGACGUGGCAACUGUAGCUUUCUGUGAUGCCCAGUCCACACAGGAGAUCCACGAGAAGGUCCUGAACGAAGCUGUAGGAGCUCUGAUGUACCACACCAUUACGCUGAUGAGAGAAGACCUGGAGAAGUUUAAAGCUCUGCGCAUCAUCGUUCGCAUCGGCAGCGGUUACGACAACAUAGACAUUAAAUCUGCCGGAGAGCUCGGCAUAGCUGUAUGUAAUAUGCCGGCUGCCUCAGUGGAGGAGACGGCGGACUCCACGCUUUGUCACAUCCUCACCUUGUACCGACGUACAACCUGGCUGCACCAGGCUCUCCGGGAGGGCACACGAGUUCAGAGCGUGGAGCAGAUCCGGGAGGUGGCAUCGGGAGCGGCGAGGAUCAGAGGAGAAACCCUGGGACUCAUAGGGCUUGGUCGAGUGGGCCAGGCUGUAGCCCUGCGAGCCAAGGCUUUCGGCUUUAAUGUGAUUUUCUACGACCCUUAUUUGGCUGAUGGUGUAGAAAGAUCCCUAGGACUACAAAGAGUUACCACACUACAGGAUCUGCUCUUCCACUCCGACUGUGUUUCUCUGCACUGCAGCCUCAACGAACACAACCACCAUCUGAUCAACGACUUCACCAUCAAACAGAUGCGUCAGGGGGCAUUCCUUGUUAACACAGCCCGGGGGGGUCUGGUGGAGGAGAAAGCCCUGGCUCAGGCCCUGAAAGAAGGGAGGAUACGUGGAGCUGCUCUGGAUGUUCAUGAAACAGAGCCUUUCAGUUUCAGCCAGGGUCCACUAAAGGAUGCUCCCAAUCUGAUCUGCACACCACAUGCUGCCUGGUACAGCGAGCAGGCAUCUCUGGAGAUGAGAGAGGAGGCAGCCAGGGAGAUCAGAAGGGCUGUGACAGGUCGUAUCCCAGACAAUCUGAAGAAUUGUGUGAAUAAAGAAUUCCUCACCCAAAACAACCACUGGACAGGAGUUGACCCAACUACAGUCCACCCUGAGCUUAACGGGGCUUAUAGGUAUCCCCCAGGAGUGGUGAGCUUGCCAGCUGGUGGCCUCCCACCUCCAGUUGAAGGCAUUGUGCCAAGCGCUGUGCCGAUUGCACACACCCUCCCGCCCGCUGUCACACACCCUCCUCAUGCACUGUCUCCUGGACAAAACACAGUGAAGCCACCCGAGAGCGACAGAGAGCAGCAUCCAAACGACCAACUGUAGGCUCCUUGCACACACAAGCACAGGCUUGCCCGUGUUGUCUGGUGACUGGAGGAUGUUGACAUGGCAACGGGUGUUAUAGCGAUAAGUUUCCAAAUGUAAAGUUGUUAUCAGACAGGUUCAGAUUGGAUUCACAACUCUUUGGCGAUUGCUUCCCAACAGCCUGGUCACACUCCAAAGAGGAAGAAAAGGAAGGUAAAGAUGUAGAGGGAGUGGAUAACUGUUAUUAAGGAGCACAACAGUCGUCCUCUACCCCAGCCAGAGCUUGACCUGCUUGAUUACAGGUUUAUCUCUACAUCCUCUGCUUGAGGUUAAAAUAAAUAAAUAAAAUUAUCUGUUGAUUUGAGAAGAAAAAAAUACAGGAUCAAAAUCCGCUGUUAUAGACUAUAGUGUGUCCAAAGUUAGAGGGGCGGGUUUCAUGUUUUUCUGUGUCCUUUCCUUAGUCUGAUGUACAAGCAAAGUUAGUGGGUUAUGAAAUGAAUGUAACCUGUCUGUGAACAGUUUUUAGACUUGCAGCAAGAGGAAACUGAUUUGUUUUCCAGUCUUAAGAAAAAGGAGAUCUCUACGUAGCAAAACUGUUUGAGACAAAAUCUGCUUUCUUUUCCUUUUUAUGUGUCUCCAAAUUAGCAGCCCCCCCUCAAAAAAAAAAAAAAAAGGCAGUUUUUUGCACACCAUCUCAGGAAAUUAAGUUUCCGCAGUUGGUUUAUUAAUAUUUUUUCUUGAACAAGUUUUUUUUGAUGCCACUUAGUGCUUUUGUUUUGCUACCUGCUUGCCUUUCUGUGUCCCUCUACAUUGGAAAACAAAACAAAAAAACAAAAAACAAAAACAAAAACAAAAAAACAACUUUAGCAAGAGUCAAAGUUGAUGUAAUGUUUGCUUUUGUUGGAUUUGUUUAAGGGGCAUGUUAUUUUGCUCUUGGGACUUCUGUAAAUGUUUGACCCAAAUUGAGGAAGAAAGGCCCCAGAGAGGUGGGAAACUGGUAUGCUUGGCUGGAACUACUUUUUUCCUUGUCAUGAUUUUAAUUUAUACACCAACAAAGUGAUGCACUGAGAGUUUGCAGUAGCUGAGAGUUUGAAAAAGGUUUCAUAUCCUAACUUUGCAUAAUGAUCCAAUGCUUCCCUUCUCAUACAUAAUAAUCCUGCAGGUUUUAGAGCAUGAACAGUUUAAUUCAUUUUUAUGCUGCCACAUGCUUAUAAAUCAGUAUUUUAUUGAUGCUACCCAUCACUCCAUGUAAGUUUAAUCAUAUAAAAGAGAUGCUAAGUUUUCAUAUCCAUUGUACAGGUCUAAGGAAGCAGUAUACUUAAUGUUCAGUCAAACCAAUUUAUGUCUUAUAUGUUCUUCCAACCUUUUAAGCCUUUAAAAAAGACCGAACACUUUGUAAGUUUGAUCAUAUUUUUAAAAGAGGAACUCCCCUAAAGACAACAUGGGAGAUAACUUCCAUACAAACACAGAGAAGCAAAUGCAUUUAACAAUAUUAUGUCAGGACAAACUUGAUUUCUCCAGACUAGCGGUCCUUCAACAUUUCACCGGGUCCUUCCUGACUGUACCAUUUAACCACCCUCUGUGGCCUCUGUGUCUUUGUGUAUAUAUGGUGUUCUGCCUGCCUGUGUCAAUGUGACUUGGUUGUAUCUGUGUGUAAAAAAACAGCGCUGGAAGGAGGGGUGGCAGCCAGUACGUCCCACACAGCAUUAGCAUUAUCCACUUACACUUGAACUGGUUACAUUCCAACUAAGGUAAACAAGAUGCUGACAUUGUCAUAUCACUGGUUAAAUAUCCAAUAUCCAUCUUCACUCUAGAGUAUUUCUAAGUGAUUCCAGUUCAGAUGUUAGCAGGCCACCUGAGUGACCGUACUUUCUGGAUCCCCUCCUACCAACAGCUGAGUAGUAAAAACAGUUUACUGUUGCCUACCUGGUAUUCUGUAUGGUGAGGUGGUAAGCGUAGCGAUCAGGGAUGGAAAUUUCUCCAAACGGUCUGCGAGCAUUUGACAGCCUUGGUCAAGUUCUCUCUGACCAGAUUCUUAGCAGGGCUUAUAGAAACUAAGGUACUGUUAGGCUGAAGCCCUGAAAAAACCAUGAGAUUAUUUUCUAAACUUUCAACUUUAUCUUUCCUCACCAGAUGCCUGCCAUGUUGAGGAGGAAAAAAAAACAACUCUUUGCUUCUCCUUCCCAAUAUAAAUUGUAAACAUUCCUCCUUUGAACCAACAGGUGCCGCAAACUUUUAAAAAGUUGAGGUGCUCCUUGAAAUUCCAUCCCUGAUGGUAACACACAGUCCACUGUUGCCUACCUUUGUCUUCUUUAUGGUAAAGUAGUAGGCGUAGCAAUAUACAGUAUACAUAUUCUAUAUUCUACAGUAAAUAUCAUUAUUUUUGGUCAAAUAAUGAAAACCUGAAAAAAAGAUAUGUUUGUGACUGUAUGCAUUUGUAUGAAUUAUUUUAGAAGGAAAUAAACUUUGGAAAGGUGA